AUGAGCUCUGUGGCGCGGGGAAAACGCAAAGCGCCAGACGAUUGCCAAGAGUGCUGGAAGCUUCGUCGCGACAAAGCCCAGUUGGAACAUCGCAACAACAUUCUCGCAAAGCAGAAAGACAGCAUCAUCUCCCAGAAUGAGAAGGAAUCCCUCGAUAUUAUGUGGAAGGAACGCGAGGUUUCUCGGCUACAGCUGGAGGUCGCGCAGAGAGGUGCCGCUCAGACGAUAUCCGAGAAGCAGGAGAGGAUAGAUCAUCUGACGGCCGUAUCAGAAGCUGAGAGGGAGGAGUUGGAGCGCCUGCGGGUGACAGUGACGAGCCUUGAGUCUCAGAAAGAGGCUCUCCAGAAGCAAGUAAAGGUCUCAAAGACACGGAUAUCCAAUUUUGAAGCUGAAUGUCAAACCCACGUCGUCUCAGCAGAGGCUAUCCUUUCCCGACGUGUUGAUCGAAGUCGAGCUCUGAAGCUUCCUGCGGAAGUGAUGCGCCCAUCUAUCAAAUACUUGCGUCUGAAUAACUUGAAUGAGGAUUCUUCUGAUGCAUAUCAAGCAUGCUGGGAACUAGGCUACUUUGAGGUUGACUCUGACGAGAAGAUCCCUGAUCAUGGCCCGUUAUCCGUGCUCACACUUGGGCGCUCAGAUCAUAGUCCGGGCUUUCCGUCUUUACCUGGUCAACCCGGUACCAUCAUCACACACGACAUAUUUGCACGUGGGCGCACGGAAAAGGGUCCAUUCACUCUCGGUAUUAUCUCUCCAGAUCUUUCAUUGAAAGAGAGAGAUCGCGACGUGCGGUGGCGUUAUCUCGGCGUCUAUAUGGCCGAUUCGGCAUGGGAGCCACUCACAAGACAGGAAUGGAUGAGCUUUUCUCUCUCCGUCCGCCAGAACUGGUGCACUUACUUGGCAAACCCGAGUAAGAAUAUUGGCUGUGACUGGUGCGACUGGGUAACAGCAGCUCGUAUCAGCCUUCGCAAAGCGAAACUCCCUUAUGACGAUCCCAAAGUCGCCGAGGCUCAGGCUAUCGCGAUGCGAGAAUGGCAUGUGAAUGGGACGUCGCCCCCGGUGUCGUUAGGCCCACGCAAGAUCACUAGACAGGAGGUGGACGAUGCUUUGUGUAUUAAGGGUGAAGAGGUUCUGUAUAUUCGCAAGCUGGUUCCCGUCCGCUUCGAUCUUGCGUUACAUAGGAAGCUCCAGUCUUUAGAACAAGAAGCAACCGAUACGGAGUCAGAUAGCGAUUCAGAGUAG